CAUGUCGGGGGCUGGAGAGGAGUGGGGCUGGGUGACGCUUCCUCUCCCUGCAUGCGGGAGGUGCAGGGCACAACGUCCUCAGCUGGGUGUCCUGUAACCCAGGCUACUGUCUUUGGUCUCUGCUCUGAGCAUGGAGGAGGAGGAAGGUGCUUGGGUCCCUGAAGCUGGCUCGGGAUGAGCACGUUGGCAGCGAAGAACCCAGGUGGUCCCUCUCUCUCAGACUCCAGGGUCUCUGAGCUAAUGCUCAGUGUGGACCUCCUUCCCACCAUAGCCCACACCCAGACCAGAAUGGGGCCUCUCCUUCUUAAGCCCCUGUAGGGCUGCUCUGGGAACCCAAGCCCCACCUAGGAAGGAGGCGUAAGGCCCCCCCAGGCAGGGGACAGAGGGCUGAACCCACCUACCCACUUACCUAGAGGGUCAGUGAUGGGUCUCCCCAGCCAUGGAUGGUUCCUACUGGGUCUACCCACCAGAGUACCCAGCAGGAAGUAGAGAGAUGCUUCUGUUCUCACCCAUCCCAGUCCUCAUCUGCUUUGAACCUGGGCCCUAAGUUCCUGGUGGGUGCCGGAAGUCAGCAUGCGCGUUUGCAGGGCUGGGUGCAGGGGCCCAGCUGCAUGGCCUGCACUGGGGGCAGGCUGCCUAAGCAUGUUCCUUGGCACAUGUGUGGUGCAUCUUGGAAUGGCAGGGACAUGGUACCUUGGCAUGUUCAUGCAUAUCCAUAUGUCUUUCUACACGUGUGCUGGUAUGUUGGUCUGUCUUGUCUCCCCUGUAGACAGGAAGUCCCGAACCACGUGCCAACUGGGAAGGUGAAGGUCGGCGAUACCAGCCCAGCCCAAUUUGGGGUUCCUGGUCCUACUCCAGGGGUCCUCCAGUCUGCCGCCCCUGCCAAGGAGGGAGGACUGAAGAGCCAGGGGUGGGAUCUGAGUGUCAGGGGCUGGGGAAGAAGCAGGCCUGGCUCGUGCGUGGCAUAGAAGACUCAGUGCUACACCCGUGGGCAAGAGGCCUGCCACCCGAUGCCCUGGGCCCUGGGCAAGGCCUCUGCUCUCCCUGGGGCACAGUCCCUCAUCUGAGGACACGGGGUGGUUGGACUGAUGAUUCGCAGCUGCCCCUGAGGCUCUGACAAUUGUGAGUUUGAGACUGGUGGAGGAAGCCUCGCACCAGUCCCAUUAAGCUGCUUAGCCAAGGCAGCUGUGGGCAAAGCACGCUCUGUCCCGGGGUGUCCUGCCGAAGGGUGAGAGGAGAAGCCAUGCCGGGCAGCGGCCCCAGCGAGAGGAUGACAUGGCCGGGCCCGGCCCUCCCCGCGGCCCCCACAACCCGCCCUCUCUCCUCAGCCCCCGGGACACCGCCCAUCCCGCCCCUCACCCGGACCCGCAGCCUCAUGGCCAUGUCCCUGCCGGGGAGCAGACGGGCCUCUGCUGGAUCCCGCAGCGGGGGCACUUUGGGCCGCAGCGGCCUGGCAGUGUUCGCCCAGUGUCCGCAACUGCCCACCAGCCAGAGUGAGCACCUGCCUCUUCUCCCUGCCUCCAGGCGCACCUCUCCUCCCGUGAGCGUGCGGGAUGCCUACGGCACCUCUUCCCUCAGCAGCAGCAGCAACUCGGGCUCCUGCAAGGGCAGCGACAGCAGCCCCACGCCCAGGCGCUCCAUGAAGUACACGCUGUGCAGUGACAACCAUGGCAUCAAGCCCCCGACCCCAGAGCAGUACCUGACUCCGCUGCAGCAGAAGGAGGUAUGCAUCCGGCACCUGAAGGCCCGGCUGAAGGACACACAGGACCGCCUCCAGGACCGGGACACUGAGAUUGAUGACCUGAAGAUGCAGCUGUCCCGCAUGCAGGAGGACUGGAUUGAGGAGGAGUGCCACCGCGUGGAGGCCCAGCUGGCCUUGAAGGAGGCCCGCAAGGAGAUCAAGCAGCUCAAGCAGGUCAUUGACACCGUCAAAAACAACCUGAUUGACAAGGACAAGGGGCUGCAGCAGUAUUUCGUGGACAUCAACAUCCAGAACAAGAAGCUGGAGACGCUGUUGCACAGCCUGGAGGUGGCCCAGAGUGGCACAGCCAAGGAGGACGGCACCGGGGAGUCAGCCGGCGGCUCCCCCGCCCGCUCCCUCACCCGCAGCUCCACCUACACCAAGCUGAGUGACCCAGCCGUCUGUGGUGACCGCCAGCCUGGGGACCCCCCCAGCGCCUCCGCCGAGGAUGGAGCAGAUAGCGGCUACGCAGCCGCCGAUGACUCGCUGAGCCGGACGGAUGCCCUGGAGGCCAGCAGCCUGCUGUCGUCGGGGGUGGACUGCGGCCCGGAGGAGACCUCACUGCACGGCUCCUUCAGCCUGGGCCCCCGCUUCCCCGCCAGCAACACCUACGAGAAGCUGCUGUGUGGCAUGGAGGCUGGCGUGCAGGCCAGCUGCAUGCAGGAGCGUGCCAUCCAGACAGACUUCGCACAGUACCAGCCUGACCUGGACACCAUCCUGGAGAAAGUGACCCAGGCCCAGGUCUACGGGACAGUCCUCGAGUCAGAGGACAGGCGCCCAGAGCCAGGCCCCCACCCCCCAGGGCCCAGAGACCCUAACUCAGCAGUGGUGGUGACCGUGGGUGAUGAGCUCGAGGCCCCGGAGCCCGUCACCUGUGGGCCUACCCCACACCAUCCCAGCGCCAACCCCAACCCUGGCCCAUCAGUGAGUGUGGUGUGCCCCGUGGAAGAGGAGGAAGAGGCAGCAGCCUCUGCUGAGAAGGAGCCCAAGAGCUACUGGAGCCGCCACUACCUCGUGGAUCUGCUGGCUGUGGUGGUGCCAGCCGUGCCCACGGUGGCCUGGCUCUGCCGCUCCCAGCGGCGCCAGGGCCAGCCCAUUUACAACAUCAGCUCCCUGCUGCGGGGCUGCUGCACCGUGGCCUUGCACUCCAUCCGCAGGAUCAGCUGCCGCUCGCUGGGCCAGCCGGGUCCCAGCUCUGCAGGCGGUGGCUCCCAGCUCUGAGGGGCCCGUCCCAGGCGGCCUGACCAGUGAUUGUAUCGUAGAGAUGCUCUCCCCCGCCACCCAUACCCCCUGGGACAUCAUCUUAUUUAUUUAGUUUUUUGUUUGGAACUUUUUUUGGGUUUUUUUUUUUCUCCCCAGGAUAUUAGUGUCUGGGACUGGUAAUAAGGUUUGGGAGAGGUACCCCAAAACAUUGACAAAGAGAGAGGCAGGGAGGCACCCUGAUUGGGCAAAGUACAGAAAGACAAGGCGGUGAGGGUCCCAGCCUGGCCCCUCUGUCCCCCUGGCCCUGCAGACAGGGCAGACCCAGCUCAGGAAGUCUCUGGCUGUGUGUAUCUGGGGGAGGCUGCACUGCCCGUCCAGGCCUCCCCUGCCUGCACCACCCUGGCCUGCACACUGCUCUCUCCAUGCUUCUCCCAAGCCUGUCCUCGCCCUCCACCCAGACUUCUGAGCCAGUAGUAACUGCUCAGCUGAGGCAGCCAGGGCCCCAAGGGCAGGUAUCUGACCCGAGGACUGAAGAUCCAGCCUCCUUAACCUGACCCCGCUGUGGGAGUCAGAAGCACAGUCAAGGCCACGAGCCUAAGGAAAGACCAUGUGGGGGCAGGCAGCAGUGCGGGUUUGGUGUCUGCUGAUCCCAGGCCUUCCCAGCAGCCGCUCUCCUCUUGGCGCUUCGGACUGUCCUGGAUCAUCCUUCCUGGGAGAUAGCGUAGCCCGACAGUCUGUGCUUGAGCCCCAGCUCCCGUCUGGAGAAUUCAUCAGCCCAAGAAGAGGACGUAGGGUUCGGGGCUCCUCCGCCUCCCGACACGAGGCCCCUCAUCUGCAGUCAGUGAGGGGCUGCACUCAGGAAUCCUCAGCUCGAUGGAAAAGCCCGAGGCCAUGACUGCCCCUGGAGCCCACUCCAAAUGUCUCCAGGGGCCUCGGGCCCAACUCCUGCUUUGCACUAUUCUCAUUGAGACGUGUGGUUCUCACCCAUCCCUGGAUCUCCGAGGAGGUGGCUGGCUGCUUACUUUCAGGGUGAGGUUUCCUAACUCAGAGACCCCCCCGCCUCUGAGGAAGGGUGGGAAUCCCAGCAGGAGAGUCACAAGACGGGAGGAUCAAAGCCAUGAUAUUGGUCCAGGCCAAAGCAGGGUACUCUGGGAUGUGUUUUCCCAGGGCAGGGGUGUGCCAGGCUGGGCAGGAGCCUGCAGCUUCCCUGCUCACUCUCCAAUCCCAGGCAGCCUGAGAAGGUUCGCCGUCUCCCUCCUCCUCCACUGAGACGUCUGAGUCCCCCAGCAAAGCUGCUGACAUUUGCUAUUUUACAAAACAAAAUGGCUUCUCUUCCCCACAGGGGUCACAGCCACCUGCACACCCCACCCCGUCUUCAGAAGUUAGACCCACAUUGCGAGGUUGGUGGGACCCCAUGUCUCACCUGCCCCCCUGGCCUAGGGGCCACUCUGGUUCUCUGCCAAGGUCUCUUGCCCCUCUCCCUGCUGCCCAGCAGCCAUUGCCUGACUGUUGGGCCCUGCCCUCAAGGGGGCACCUGCAUGGGCUGGGCGUGAGCAGCCACCCCAGCCAUGGGGCACAGGCCCCCUUUGCCAUGCCUCGAUCGGGGCUCAGACCAACCAGCUUUUGGGGAGCACGAACCCCCUCGCCCCAACCAUAACCAAACCCAAAUGACUGGGGCCUGGCUGGGGGUACCCCACAGAACACUGCGUUGUGUCAUGGAGAGGCAAGGGACAAACCAAUCCAAAGCCAAGCCAGGCCUGGCCACGGACCCAGCCCCCCUGGCCAUGUGCUCACAGAGACGCAUAGCAUCUCCUUAGAAAUAGCCCAAGCUCUGCUGGGAAAAUAAAUGUAUGAACUAUAUUUGACAACAUAAAGCCUAUAUAUUUUCACCACUGGAAUUCAGUCAAGCUUUAUGGCCCCCUGCUCCUGUCUGUGUCUUGCUGUGUGUGGCCUUGCCAUCGUGUCUGUGUUGGUGGACGUGGGCAGGGCUGGCGCCGUGGACCAUUCUGCUCCUGCUUUCCUGCUAGAGAAAGCCCUUGUGAAGGGCUGAGCAUCGCUGGGCCUGAGGCCUGCCUGUGUGGGUCAUCGGGGGUCCUGACCACUGUGUUGAGGAUGCUCUCUUUUAGGGGUUCUGGUGGGGCCUCCUAGGGCCUUUCUCCUUGCGGGUGGAGGAGGCAGCUCACUGCCCAUCCCUGGGACAGACUCUGGAGCCACGCUGGCCCAGUGGCCCUGGCCCGGCUCCCACGUGCAUGCAUGCCUGUGUGUGUGCACUCUGAAUCCCGCAUCUAUGCAAAAGGUGCAGUGCUGUGCUCCAAGUGGUGGGCACACAGCAGCUGCUGGCUCAGGCUCCCAGUCCCAGGGCACAGGGUGUGGGGCUGGGGUGACCAGGCUAGGGUCAGGGUUGGGCUUCCUGUUGAGAGCACUGUCCUCCAAUGCUCCCCUCUGCCUUCCUGCUUAAUGCUUUAUACCUCCUCCUGCUGGUGGGUGGGACCUUGCCCUCCCGCCCAUGGCUCCUGGAGCAGAAAUCCUUGGAGUCUCCCUCUCCCCAGCUCCUUGCUGAUUAAGCCCUGCAGAGCAAUAUCCCCAGGAUCCACUUUCUGGAACUGCUGGUCCCUUGGAAUCCAGCAGCCAGAAGCGAGUUCUCCUUAGUUCCAAUAGCCCUGGCCAGAGCAGCUCACCUGUCCUGGCUCAGGAAGAAACUGGGAGUUGAACCUGGGCUUCCACAUGGGAGAGCUGGCCCUGAGUGGAGGUCAGUACAGAUAUCCCCCAAGGGAAUAAUGAGCUUUUCACUGGAACACGCUUCUCCUUCACCACUGACACGGGGGUCUGGCAGCACUUUGUGGGGGAGGGGCACGGGCACAAACCACAGGUUCUGGGACCAAGGCUUUCCAAGGGGCCUGUGCCCAGCAGGCCCACACCUCCCUUGCUGACCUUGGGGACAGUGCACACGGGUCACACUGCACUCUCCCACUGGGCCAUCCCCUUGACAGUGAGUCCAGGGGAUGUGGGAAGGGGGGAGGUGGGGAGGGGUCAUCACUCUCGUCGUCGUCUUUGUCCUUUGUUCAGACAGAGUUGUACCUGCCUCAGACAGCUCUGAAUUAAAGCAUGAAAACAUG